AUGGUUAAAAAUACAGAAUAUUAUACUAUAAAUGCAGAAGAUACUAUGAAUAGUUUUCCUUUUAAAAGUAAUGAAGUAACCAUUGGUCAAAAACGAGAACAUCCUGAUAAAGAGUUAGCAAGAAAAUCAGCUGCACCUAAACUUUUUAUUACUGAAGAAAUGAAGAAAUAUGUAAGGAAUUAUCAAUUUCCUUUAAUGUCAAAAUUAUCAGAUAAGUAUAAAAAAAUAGAAAAAAUUGGUGAAGGUACAUUUGGAUUAGUUUUUAAAGGAAAGUGUUUAAAAACUAAUAAAGAUGUUGCUUUAAAAAAAAUUAUAGUUGAUCCUACAAAGGAUGAUGGUUUCCCAAUUACUGCUUUACGUGAAAUUAAGUAUUUACAGAUGGUUAAGAAUGAAAAUGUGACAGAAUUAUUAGAAGUAGUAUCUGAAGAUGAUAAAGAUACUGAUGGAAAAUACAAAUUAUGUUCUUCAUUUUAUUUAGUUCUAGCAUUUUGUGAUCAUGAUUUAUGUGCUAUUAUUGCUCACAAUAAAACAAUAAAACUUACUAUUCCUGAAAUUAAAAAAAUGUCCAAAGAUUUGUUUAACGGUUUAUAUGCAAUUCACGGUUCAAAAUUAUUACAUAGGGAUUUAAAAUCUGCUAAUAUUUUAUUAUCAUCAGAAAAAGGUGGUACAUUAAAAAUAGCAGAUUUCGGGCUUUCUAGGCUACAUACAGUUUCAAAAAAUGAAAAACAAUUGUAUACAAAUAGAGUUGUGACAUUAUGGUAUAGAGCACCAGAAUUGCUGCUUGGAGAAAGACAAUAUGAUGGAGCUAUAGAUAUGUGGUCUGCUGGUUGUAUUCUUUCAGAAUUUUUUAUUGAUGAUAGAGCAUUAUUUACUGGUAAUGUAGAAACAGAAGUUAUUGAGAAAAUUGUCCGAGAAUGUGGAUCUAUAAAUCCAGAAAGUAUGCCAAAUUGCCAAAGUUUGGAUAAUUAUAAAAAAUUUAAUCUCCCACAAGGUGUAAAAAGGAGAAUACAAAAUACAUUGGGACAAAAAGUAAAAGACCAAAAUAUUAUGUCUGUUAUUGAUAAUCUUUUAACCCUUGAUCCAAAAAAACGGAUGACGGCUGACAAAGCAUUAGAUCAUGAUAUGUUUUUUCACUAUCCAAUGCCAGCUGAAGAUCUAAGAGAAUUAUUUGGUCGUAUAAAAGGUAAACAUUUUUAUGAAUUUACUACUGGUAGUGGAGCACAUAUUAAAAAUAUGAAAAAUAACUUUAAAAAUGCUCCUCAACAGGGACCAAAGGGUAAAUCUCAAUUAGCAUCAGGUAGAAAAGGUGAUGCAUUUAUUGAUCAUGUUUUUUAA